AUGAUGAACCCGGCCCGGUUUAGGAAUGGCGGACUAAUUCCCUGUCACCUGCUGUACGGAGGGGGAGGGGCAGUGCUCUCCUCCAAGGACACCCCGGUGGUCCCCCUGGACAAGGACGGCUGGGGAGGCCUAUCGGCUACAACGAGGACGGCUCUCUCCCCAACUCCCAGGGCGAGCUGGAUGAGGACGAGGAUAUGGACGUGGAGUCCGACUCCCUGGGCUCCAAUUCCCCAUUACCCAGCCCCACCGAGGAGGCCCCGGACACCCUCACCGUGCAGACCCGCACGCUGCUCUACACCCUGUUCACCGAGCAGGCCGGAGCCGGCAAGGGGGACGGGGGCGACAACACCAAGGCCCUCACCACCCUCCGGAGGCUGGGAGCCGAGAUCGGAGACAAACACAAGGUGGCCUUCCACGGAAUGUUACAGAGGUUGUCUAUAGAAAAUGAUAACGACAUUCAGAAACUCUCUGAAGUUCCUUCCAUGGUCUUCAACGAUGGGAUUACAAACUGGGGUCGGAUUGUUACCUUGAUAAGUUUCGGAGCUUUUGUGGCCAAACAUUUGAAGAGCAUAAAGUUGGAGCACUGCAUUCGUCAACUGGCAGACAACUUCACAGAUUAUCUUAUGACCCAAAAAAGAGAAUGGAUUGUACAACACAAUGGUUGGGAGGGAUGUGUGGAAUUCUUCCAUGUUGAGGACUAUGAAAGUGGACUAAGGACCGUUUUGAUGGCCUUUGCAGGCGUAGCAGGUCUUGGAGCAAGCCUGGCAUACAUGAUCCGGUGA